UUCAGAAGAAACGCCGCAAUCCGAGUCGGGCAGUUACAGGAUGGUUAACAUCGGCCUCUCGACGGUCGAGCACGCUGUAGCAGCAAAGCACCCGGGUCUGCAACAAUACGCUGCCUGCCAGUCGCACGCUUUCAUGAAGGGGAUGGGGACGUUCGUGCUGGGCACUGGGGUGAUGUUUGCGUUGCAGCGCGCUCUCAGCAGGAGGCUGCCCUAUCCUUUCCAGUGGACUGUGCUGCUGUCAGUAGUGGCAGGGUCUGUGGGGAGCUAUGCCGUGACUCGAGUUGAGACUCAGAAAUGCUCCAACCUGUGGAUUUACCUGGAGACGGGGCGGGAGCCCGAGGAGAGAGCGCCAGGCACUCCCUCCAAGGAGUCUCCAGAGGAGACAGGCUCCACGAGGAAGACCACUCGCUACGGGGAUGUGAUGGAAUGAAGGGUGCAGGGAGACCUGAGACCUCAACACUGGAGCUCACAGCAAGAUCCCUGGAGAAUGGACCUGUGUUCAUGAAGGACCCAGCCACUCCUGCACACAGGCCAGGGGAUACACUGUGUACACUGGCUGUGUUAUUAUUGGUACUGUUUUAGCGUGAUCAGAUUAUGCAGGAUCAAUAAAUGAUUUUCCACUAUA